GCGCAGGCGUAGAUUGGUGGCUAAAGCGGAAGUACAAAAGAAGCAAGGGUGGAAAUUAUUUGACAUCCUCCUUAAAAUUUUAUUUCUUAACGUAACGGUUUUGUUUGACGACAUUCCUAAACUAAGGCUGAGAGUUAACAAACAUGCCCAAAAAUAAAGGUAAAGGAGGUAAAAAUAGGCGGCGUGGUAAGAACGAGAACGAAUCAGAAAAGAGAGAGCUGGUUUUCAAGGAGGACGGUCAGGAAUAUGCUCAGGUGAUAAAGAUGCUGGGAAACGGGCGGCUAGAGGCCAUGUGUUUUGAUGGGGUCAAACGGCUCUGCCACAUCAGAGGAAAGCUCCGGAAAAAGGUUUGGAUCAACACGUCUGACAUCAUCCUUGUUGGUCUUCGAGACUACCAGGAUAACAAAGCAGAUGUCAUUUUGAAGUACAAUGCAGAUGAGGCCCGCAGUCUUAAAGCAUACGGAGAGCUUCCAGAACACGCUAAAAUCAAUGAAACUGACACAUUUGGUCCUGGAGAUGAUGAUGAGAUUCAGUUUGAUGAUAUUGGAGAGGAUGAUGACAUUGAUGAUAUCUAAGUGAGAAGUCGUGACUGCUGCCCACAACCUCACUACACGGCUUCUGAGCAUUUUGCCUGUCAAGUUUAUCUCUUUUACACAUUAACAAACACAUUUGACUGCAUAUUUUUGUUAUGAUUUUAAAGUAUUUAUAUUGUAUUCCCCUGUAUGUGGUGGAAUUUAAACCUCAAAGAAAUCCAGAAUUUACAAUAAAAUGUCAAACCUUU